GUGUUUGUGUGUAUACGGACGGACGAAAACGCUGACGUUCGUGCGUUUGUGUCCGUGUCACGGACGCGCGCGCUCGCGUAAUGCGAGGAACAGGUGAAGCGUGUGUCGUCGCGGCGAAGCCGCGGACAGACUGCAGUCCGUCGGUGUAUUGGUGCCGCGAGCAGUAGCAGCAUCAGCGACUGGCAGGACUCGCUCGGCUUGCAGCGCGAUAUAUCAUCGUCAUCAGCGAAUCGAGCUAAUCGAGCCGCGAGGAGCUUUUUUUCGUUGAGACGCACCUUGAGUCAGGAUAAGUAAAUAGCACGGAAACUGAACGAGUGACAAUCGUUCGUUUGCGUGAGUGCAUGUGUGUUUGUGUGCCGAAAGUGCCCCCAUGCUCAGCACUCGAGAGAUUAUCAUCGUUGAAUACCAAUGAAUAUCAUUAGCAGCCGACGAUGACACGCAACGAGGCCCAGUCUAAUCAGUGCUCCCGGAGAUUCCGCAGAAGCUCUUUGCGUGCAUCGACGGACGGGUGAUAUCUCUCGCUCCGUAUCGAUCAUUAGUCUCGACGAGAACGAGUGCAUAAUCGAAAGUGGUCAUUGGAUGUAAAAUUUCGAGCGAUGAAGAGGAUCGAAGCAAUAGAGCAAAUCAACGAAAACACCGCAAAACGAGAUAUUCAACGAAAAUACCGCCCGUGACAGUGCAAUAUAUACGUGCGGCGUUUUGACAAAAGUAUAAUAUAUCUGUCUUUCGCUCGCGGCCCAGAGAGCUUUUAUUUUCCGCAUAAGCACGUGUGUGUGUGCGCGUUUGACGGUGUGUCGUCUACGUAUAUACAUGCGAGCGACGAAGAAAGCUGUACUCGAGCUUUAAACAGAGAGAGAUAGACAAUAUAUAUAUAUAGCAGAAAACAAAGCCUCGACGACCGACAACGACAACGAAAACAACAACAAACAAUAAGAGCCGCGAAGAAUCGCUCCAUUGCACAAUGAGCCCCCGACUGCUGCAGACUAUCUCUCUGGCGCGCAGAGAGCCUCUCUCUGUACAUGAAUCGAACAGUACACGAGAACUAUAGACAGUGUAUACACGAAAAGAGGAAGUCAAAGAGGGACAGACAGGGGAAAACCAAUAGAGCAAAGUGCGAACGCAUCAUCGAAUAUCGAAGAGCGACCGACACUCCAGCUUAUCAUAAUAAUAAUAAUAAAUAGCAAAUCGAUGCAACCGCCACCGCCGCCGCUGCUGCUCAGGUGCCGUCUUAAAGCUACUCGAGCUUUUGGAUUGACAUAAGCUCCCGAGCAUCGUAUAAAUACGGUCGAUAUAUAGACACACACACGCGUAGCUGCUGAUAUCAUGGACCGUGGCUUUCCGAUACUGCACAUAGUGCGUUGCCGCUUCGGCGGUGCCGCUGGCGCUGGCGCCACUACUGGUGGUGGUGGUGGUGUUGGAAUAGCAGCUACAUCAGCUGAAGCAGCUAUGCAGCAACAUCAGAAUCAGCUGCAGCAGCAGCAGCAGCAGCCACCACCGCCGCAGCCGCAACCGGUAGCCGUCGUCGAUCCCGCUUACGAGGUUUAUCAUCACGCGGUGGCGCAGCCGCCGCCGAGCUAUCAUCCCUUCGCCGCCGCCGCUGCAGCCCAUCAUCAUCAUCAUCAUCACGCGGCCGCCGCCGCCGCUGCCGCAGCUGGCUUUCUCAGACCCGCGACCAUCGCCGCGGCCAGAUGCGCUCAUCACACUUGCGGACACGUGGGCAACGGAGACGGCGCGAACGCCUGCUGCAAGAAGUACGUGGUGCUGUGCUGCCUGUGCGGCGGUCUCAGCGCCGCCGUGGGCAGCCUCUUCCUGGCCGUUCACGCGGUCCUCUCGGCCCACACGGCCAGUCUGGCUCUCUUCGAGACGGUGCCGUCCUACAUACCCGGCACAAUGCUGAUACUCAUCGGCCUGGUCACGAUGCUGUUGGCGAGGCGCAAAUAUCGAUACGGAUUUUUGAUGAAGGUUUGCGGCUCGGUGAGCGUCGUCUGCGCAUUGGUCUGCGUCCUCGUAACCGUCACCACAACUGUCGUCCACAUGUCGCGACUGCAGGGCCUUCGACAGUGCCUCUACACGGCUAGGGCCAAAUCGUGCACGUGCUUCGGGCCCCAGCAAUCGCCUAGCACGGACGCCGGCGUGCUGUUCGAGGGCACGCCGCACUGCGACGCCGUGCACGGCGCGCUCUACGCCUGUCUGCGGGCGCUGUUCGGCGUCUCGGUCGCCGGCAUCCUCGCCUGCAUAUUCUCCUGCAUGCUCGUCUACCAGCUGCUGAGCCACGAGAAGAAGAAGAUGUACUGGGAGCAGCUGGAGCUGCGCUGCCGCUCGCUCUACGGCCAGGGACCCGGUGGCGGUGGCCUCGUCGGGGCCCGGGCCGCCGGCACCUGCGGAUGCUGCAACGACUGCGGUGGCAUCGGGCCCUGGUGGGCCCAGAGCCCCGGAAACUUGUACACGCCGAAUCCUGAUCUCACCCCAGCCAGAAGGUGGCGGCUACCGUGGACGCGUAGCCGGGGCCCAGCCCCGAGCACCGACACGAACUACGGCUUCAACCAUCAUCAUCCGGCCGGUGGCAGCCUGUCUCAGGUCGGCGGCGUUUUAGCUUCGACCGCGGGCGUCGUGCACCAUCACCAGCAGCAGCAACAGCAGCACCAACAGCAGCACCAACAGCAGCAUCAGCUCGGCAACGACUCCGCCAUCGUCCCGUACGGCAUCAUGGGCCAUCAUCCGCAUCACGGCAUUGGCCAGCCGGCCAGCGCGUACUCGAUGCUGCAGGCUCAGGCGGGCCACCACGAGGACGUCUACGGCCAGGGCAGCGGCUCCGGACCCUACAGCGUGCUCGACUCGGCGGUGCCGCUGUGGGGCCCGCCGCCUCCCUACAGUGACCCCAAUAGCCCGGCGCGGAGACCCAUGAUGGCCUUCACGACGAUGGAUCCGCGAAACAGGAUCGGUAAGAGGAUCGGCGACGAAGUAGUACAGUUCGUAAACGUGGAUUACGGCAGAACGUCGGAGAUCAAGCGAGCAACGAGCAACUACGAGAACGCGGAGCAGGUGUCGAGCGACAACAAUCCGGCCGACUCGGAAAUCAUGAGCGCCAACAACAUCAGCAACGCGGUCAGCUCGACCGGCGUCAACGCGGGCAAUAAUAAUAACAAUGCUGCCAACAACAACGGUAGCGAGGAGCAGCAACGAGGCACGACAGGGUCAACGACGGCUACGACGACGACGACCACGACGACGGCGAUGUCAACGUCGGCUCUGCGCGGCAGCAGUCACAAAAAGUCGCUGAAAGGCGUCGAGAACGCCGGCUUCACUCUGGCGCAGGAGCCGCCGAGCAGUGGAGCGGUGCUCCCGUCGUCGCUCACGGCAAGCAAACUGCAGCAGCAGCAACAACAGCAAACCGAGAGCGAGCUCUAUUUCGGGGACGUCUCCUCGUGCUGCGGACCGGAAAGCGGCCUUUACGACGUCGCUACCGAAAAAGACGGUGAGACGACGACUCGUGUGUAUUAUUAUUGCAAAAUCGAAACGGAAGCUGGCACGAGCAAUCAUCCGAGCGCGCAAUUUCCCAAGAGGCCAUCAUCGAGCAAACGCUCGCGACGGCAUCAUCAUAAUCAUCACCAUCAUCAGCCACAGCCUUCGCCCGAUCACAAUAAUUCGAGCGGCUCGUCGUCGGCGGCGAGCGACGAAGCCAUAGUCGCGUUCUCACGGCACAACGACUUAACGAGCGCCGAAGUCGACUACGAGGUCAUACGUCAGCAGCAGCAGCAGCGUCGCUACGAUUACGAGCAGCGACAACAAUCCUCGAAUCAAAAUGUCUCGGUCGUCUCGGUCGAAUCGAGCCCCGAGGCGAGGGACGAAGGUGACGGUGCUCGAGGCCGAGGAGAGAGCAUCAACGACGUGGAGCAGAGAAUCUAAAGGCUCGAAAUGGCAAAGAUUAUAAUGCGAAAGCCAUAUGACGACUGCGAUAGAAAUUAAGGAGCGAAUGGGACGUGGCUGAAUGUGUCGAAAGCGUUUUUGGAUGAGGGGUCAAUUUAGAGCGAUCGAACUCGUACUUGUGAAUUUUAACUUAUUUAAAUUGCAGUGAUUUAAUUGUUUAUCGAAUAAUUUUAAUAAAUUGUUACAACAAUUAUGGUACGUAAUGCGCUCUUCGUAUGAGUAAGAUGUGAAAAAAACUUUAAACUUUGUAUAAACCAUAUGCUUCGUUUAGACUAGUUACUUUUAUGUGCUAUCACACAUAAUAUUUUAAUGUACGUACAAUUCUAAAGUGUUGAGAUAUUUGAAUAACUAUAUUAGUUAGUUAAAAAUUUUAAAUGAUUGCCAUGACAGAAUCUUUGAAACGACUGCUUGAUUUUAGAAUUGAAAUUUUACCAGUACGCUCGUUUUAAGAAAAUUCAUCAUUUCUUUUUAUGAUUUAGAAAAAUUUUAGCAAGUUUUUUGCAUUGUAGACGACAUGUAAAUUUGUAUUUUAUAUUUAUAAUGGUAUUCUUUGUCUAUUUCUAUUGUACUAUAGAUUUUUAUAAUUUUUUGACUAUACCGGUUGUAUCUAUACACUAGAAUCCACUAGGAAAAAUCAACUCUUAAAUUAAAUUAAAUCUAUAGUCUACAUCAUUGAAAUAAAAUUUUUAUGCUAAGUGAAGUAAGAUUAUCUUAUAAAUCAUGUAAACUUUAUUUUAAUUUUGUAAAAUUUUUGUUCCUAAUAUAUUUUACGCAGUAACAUUUUA